CCCUGUGACGUCAGCCGCCGUCAGACUGUAAAGAUGGCGACCGAAGGGACGACUCACCUCCGCCGCCUCUCUGCGCCUUUGGCCGUUGUUCUGGCCUUAUUCAGCGCGUUGAACGCGGGGACUUGCGAUGAACAGGUGCCGCUCAUUAUGUGGACAAGCGAAGGGACCUCCCUACCGACUCAGUCCCCUCCUACAGCGGGUCACAUCGUUGAGCAGCAGCAGCUCGCCGCUUACCUGGAGAAAGCGCUCAGUGUGGGCCCGAGAAAUGUAGUGCUGUUCCUACAGGACAAGAUGAGCAUAGAGGACUUCACCAUGUAUGGAGGAGCUUUUGGAAACAAGCAGGACAGCGUUUUCCCCAACCUGGAGGGGGCUCUGAUGUCCUCGUCCUCCCCUCUGGUGUUACCUGCUGUGUCCUGGCCUGCCUCCAAUGCAGUGAUUGGCCAGCUGCAGGACCAACUGGAGACCUCCCCUCUGUACAUGGACCCUGAGACGCUGAGUCAGCUGAGACUCAACGCCUCCUCGCCCGCCCUGCUGGUGUUCAGGCUGCCCUACGGCAUCGGGGCUGAUCUGAUGUCUGCAAAAGAGAUUCUCAGUGGGAACGAUGAGAUGAUCGGUCAGGUUCUGAGCACCAUGAAGACCCAGUCGGUCCCAUACACAGCCAUUUACACAGCCCUGCGGCCCUCCAGGGAGGCUGCGACUCUCUCUAUGGAAGCAGGGCUGGGUGGAGGACGCUCUCUCCUGCAGGCCAGAGGCGGGUACAGGGAGAGGGAGAGAGAAAGGGAGAGGCAGCGUAGGAUCAAGGAGAAGGCUGGGGUCUACCCUCCGGUGGAGUUUAAGGAGGGGGAAGAGUCCUGCAUCCUCCUGUGGGCCAAAGGCCUGUCAGUCAGCAUCCUUCGGAGCGGUCGCUGGGAAGAACAUGACCUGACCCCGUCUACCUUUGGGGAGGGUGUCAGCCCGAAGCUCCACGGCUCAAACUGCGACAAAUCCAAAGCGAGGUUGGUUCUUAAUUACGAGAAUGUCCUCGGCCACCGCAGCUUCAAACUGAUCUUUGCGAUGAGCCAGCGUCACUACAAGGUGUCUGAUCGCCCCUGGUUCACGCUAGACGCCGUUGAGCUGGAGUACGACGGGACCAAAGCCACGUUUAACGGCAGCAGAAACAUUUAUGCCCCCGCCGAGUACUCGUACCGCUGUGAGUCCGUCACCAGCUUCCGCUGGCCCCUGCUCAUCCCACACUCAUCUAAAGAUCCAGCCAAUCAGUGGAAGGUCUCGUUUCAGGACUUUCAGGUCCAGGGCUUUAGCGUGACCAAUGGUGAAUUCUCGUAUGCCAGUGACUGUGCAGGCUUCUUCUCUCCUGGGAUCUGGAUGGGUCUGAUGACCAGUCUUCUCAUGGUCCUCGUGCUCACCUACGGCCUGCACAUGAUCAUGCAGCUCCACACUAUGGACCGGUUCGAUGACCCCAAGGGCCCGGCGAUCUCUGUGCCCCAAACGGAGUAACUGCAGUCGCUCUCCUGUCUUCACCUUCCAUCUUUCCUCCUCUCUGUCCCUCAAAUGCUUCUCCAACUGCAAUGCUUCCACUCCCACCUUUUACAUUCUGUUCCCUGUUCAUCUGUAGUUGGGCAUUAUUCACUAAUAAGUAACGUUGUCAGAAUAAGGGUUUUAGUCAUCAUUGCAUAUGUGUCUGUUUAUAAAAUGUGUAUCCUUUCAGGUAGCCCCAGUUUGUGUCUCGUUGGAGUCGCAGUGUAAAGCCUCCGUUACUCAGAAGGUGGUUUAACAACACCGACACCGCGUCCUAACUGCAUGUGAGCGUCUGACCAUCGCAGCCAGUUAGGACAUUUUAAUAUAAGCUGUUCUUCUUGUAACUCAAACAGAGACAGCAGUAAUGUAUGAACUUCGGCUUUACAGAGAGUUUCAGCUCCAGCCACAACUUCACGGUUUGUGUUCAGUGUCAUUGCUCUCAUAGCGUCAUUGUCAACGUGCACUAACCUAACUAACCGCAGACACACAGGUAGAGACGAGCUGCUGAACAUUUAGCAGCUAAAGAGACAAAGAGUUUGCAGGUUUCAUUUUAACCAAUUUUAUUCCGUCACACAAAAUAAUGCGUGAAUAUUUUCCUUGUACAAAAAGAGCAAGAACACAUUAACCAUCUUUUAUUUGGCAGCAGACUGAAUAUUUUUAGUCUUUGAGGAUUCUGGAAACACCUUGAGAACAACCGUAUGCGUCAUUAAACCUCCGUACAGCCUUCCUCACUCGAGGCACAGACUGGGGCUGUUUUCAGGCUGCUGUCAUUAAAUGUCCCCCACCAGAAGGGACACAGUUGUACAGACAGGGACAAAAAUAAUGUAUGAAAAAUGAACUAUGAAAUGCUAUUUAUUGGAGAAACUAAUUUGUGUACGUGUGUGUUUACGGUUGUGUUUGUGUCUGUGAAUAGACAAAAGGGAUCGCAGUCUGUAUGGAUGAAACAUAAAUCAUAUCCACCACAUUACACCCGACUCAAAGGGACGUUCUGAUGAACAAAGGACCACAGAUAUACAGUUAAAAGUCUUAUCAAACAGGAGCUUAAGUAACUUUUCACUUUUGAACAAUGUUGUUUUUUCCGUCAUUAACAUGAACACUGUAUUUAUUCCUCCGCUGAUGUGCACUGAAAUGUGAAAUUAUUGUUUUUCUGUUAAUUUAUUUAGUUUUUUGAUGAUUUGUGGUGAGUAUCAAUGAUGUGAGGUCCUGAUUAUGGUCCUGUGUCGUGCUGCUGAUGUGACCCCAAUAAAACAUCUGUGAAAAUUGA